AUAUAAAAUGCAGUUGUCAAUCACCCAGCAUCUACGAGUUAAGAGUAUCUGGCAACCCGGCUUACUGUCACUUUAACAGGAAGUUUAUUCUGACGAGGCGAGAAAAGCCACCGAUGGGUGACGCGAUGAGAAGAUGGAUUCCGACGCUGCACACCGCUCUGACUUCUACACUGGUUUGGCGCUUGCUGUAAGCUCCACUAUCUUCAUCGGAUGUAGCUUUAUAUUGAAAAAGAAAGGGCUGUUACGACUCGCUAAAAAGGGCUCUACUAGAGCAGGUCAAGGAGGAUAUGCAUAUCUGAAAGAAUGGAUGUGGUGGGCAGGACUUAUAUCAAUGGGAAUAGGUGAGGUGGCUAAUUUCGCAGCGUAUGCAUUUGCACCUGCCACAUUGGUAACGCCUCUUGGAGCAUUGAGUGUUUUGGUCAGUGCUGUCCUCUCAUCAUACUUCCUGGGCGAGCGACUGAAUGUCCACGGAAAAAUAGGUUGCUUGCUGUGCAUCUUUGGCUCUACAGUUAUGGUCCUCCAUGCUCCACAAGAGGAAGAGGUUGCCUCCUUGAGCGCAAUGGCAGAGAAACUAAAAGAUCCGGGCUUCAUUGCUUAUGCUGUCUGCAUUGUUGUGAGCAGCCUGGUUCUGAUGUUCAUCGUCGCGCCACGCUACGGUCAGAAGAACGUGCUGGUAUACAUCCUCAUCUGCUCUGUGAUUGGCUCACUCUCCGUGUCCUGUGUGAAAGGCCUAGGCAUCGGCAUAAAAGAGCUGGUAGCUGGAACGGCAGUUCUGAAAGAGCCCUUAUUUUGGGCUCUGCUCAUAUUCCUUGUGAUCUGCAUCAGUAUUCAGAUAAGCUACCUUAAUAAGGCCCUUGACAUAUUUAACACCUCUAUCGUUACACCUAUUUAUUAUGUGUUCUUUACUACCUCUGUCAUGGCCUGUUCAGCCAUUUUGUUUAAAGAGUGGCUUCGUAUGUCUAUUGAUGGGGCCACUGGAACUGUUAGUGGCUUUCUUACUAUCGUUAUCGGCAUUUUUCUUCUUCAUGCUUUCAAAGACAUCAAUUUCACCUUGGACUCUUUGCCACUGUAUCUGCACCAUGGCCUUCAAGGUGGCACAUGCAGUCAACCAUAUUUUGCUUUGCCAAAUGAGGAAAGAAUUAUUCGGGAUGAAAGCAAUCUGACGAAGGAAAGAAGCAUGAAGGGCUUUUAACCUGAGAGCUCAGAAAAGAGUAGCAAUGGCACAUUUUUUCAACUAUAUGCAAUGGUACAAAUAUACUGAGCCUUUCUCUUUAACAGUUUUCAAGUUUAUGUACUUCUCUGGCAUAUAUUCAUGUGCAAUUACUAUUUCCAUCUUGCCAAUUUUUUAUUUUGCUAUUUUUAUGCUAUUGGUAUUUUUCAGAGUAGCAAGGAUGUGCAGAGAUUUAUAAUAAAUAGAAAACAUAUCUGUAGAACAGUUUAGAAUAGUCUGCUGAACAUAAUUGUCUUAAUAAAUGCUGUAUUAUUUAUUUAAGAUCAGAAACAGUUGCAGCCUGCCCCUGUAUGGGUUUACAUAGUUUUAAUUCAUAGGAAAAUCUUGUUAACAUUGAAUGAAUUGUUUUCUUUUAUUUAUCUUUUAUAAGUGUCUGUAUAAGGAAUUUUAAUAAUUUCACAAAAAAAACGUAUAUGUCAUUUUUAUACAUCAUAUGAAGUUGCAACUUGCAUCUGUCCAACAAUUUCAACAGUCAUGGUGUAAGACCUUGAAGCAUUUCUUGUUAAACAAUGCAACCCA